UCAGUGGGGCGUAAGCAUUGAGAUCGAAGGGAGAGGGUUUAUUUGGGAGAAUUGUUUCAUACCAAGAUAUAGGAUCUGCUGAGUAAUAGAAAAAAAUUGGGAUGUGUGGGAUGUGAAUAUGAGUAUGAAUUGUAAUCAUGUACUAAUUGAAAAAUGUAGGAUGUGUGAAUAUGAAUCUAUGCUAUGGUCACAGGCUACAUGAUAACAUGAUGUAGUCUUCCUUUCUGUCAUCCCUCCACCAGGUCGAUGACCUGGACCCAUUCCAGGACCUUCUGGAUGAGCAGCACUAUGGAGGGGAUGUGACCAUGCCCAGCCCCAAACAGAAGUACUCUCCCUGCAAGGAGGGCAAGAAGGAACUCAUCACGUAAGACCAAAACAAGCUUAUCACCUUUUUACUACUUGACAGUCAUUAUACUCUCUUUACCUAUUGACCAUUUUCCACAUCUGAUGUUAUCAUUGUAUGUCUGUGUAUUCUCUAGUCUCUCAAGCUGCCAGUUAGCUGACAAAAGCAUCCGCAGUAUGAUGACGACCAAUGCGCAAGACCUCAAGUAAGCAUAACCGCAUUUCUCCAAUGUCUCUGAUAGAGACGAUUGUGAUUUCAAUAUUUUAGUCUUUACGUUUCCUAGCAGACCAAUAGCCGGAUAAGUGUUGAUGCUGUCAGCUUUGGUAUUACCCUGUCCCCUGUAGACACUCUCCUUGUCCCUAUGUCCCAGGUGUCCCACUACGGGAUGUGACGGGUCUGGACACAUCACUGGGAACUACGCCUCGCACAGGAGGUAGCUUGCACCCCAUCAUAAAGACAAAAGCCAUACAGUAUAUUGAGCAGCCCCUAAAAUGUCAGAUUGUAGAAGACGGUGAUGCAUAGAUACAUACAGUGCCUUCGGAAAGUAUUCAGACCUGUUGACUUUUUCCACAUUUUGUUACAUUACAGCUUUAUUCUAAAAUUGAUUUUUUUUUUUAUCCUCAGCAAUCUCUACACAAUACCCCAUCAUGAAAAAGCAAAAACAGGUUUUUAUAAAUUUGUGCAAAUAAAAAAAUUAAAAAAAUACCUUAUAAGUAUUCAGAACCUUUGCUAUGAGACACGAAAUUGAGGUCAGGUGCAUCCUGUUUCCAUUGAUCAUCCUUGAGAUGUUUCUACAACUUGAUUGGAGUCCACCUGUCGUAAAUUCAAUUAAUUGGACAUGAUUUGGAAAGGCACACACCCGUCUCUAUAAUGUCCCACAGUUGACAGUGCAAGUCAGAGCAAAAACCAAGCCAUGAGGUCGAAGGAAUUGUCCGUAGAGCUCCGAGACAAGAUUGGCACAGAUCUGGGGAAAGGUACCAAAAAAUGUCUGCAGCAAUGAAGGUCCCCAAGAACACAGUGGCCUCCAUCAUUCUUAAAUGGAAGAAGUUUGGAACCACCAAGACUCUUACUAGAGCUGGCUGCCCGGCCAAACUGAGCAAUCGGGGGAGAAGGGCCUUGGUCAGGGAGGUGACCAAGAACCCAAUGGUCACUCUGACAGAGCUCUAGAGUUCCUCUGUGGAGAUGGGAGAACCUUCCAGAAGGACAACCAUCUCUGCAGCACUCCAUCAAUCAGGCCUUUAAGGUAGAGUGGCCAGACGGAAGCCACUCCUCAGUAAAAGGCACAUGACAUUCCGCUUGGAGUUUGCCAAAAGGCACCAAAAGACUCUCAGACCAUGAGAAACAAGAUUCUCUGGUCUGAUGAAACCAAGAUUGAACUUUUUGGCCUGAAUGCCAAGCGUCACGUCUGGAGGAAACCUGGCACCAUCCCUACGGUGAAGCAUGGUGGUGGCAGCAUCAUGCUGUGGACUGGGAGACUAGUCAGGAUCGAGGCAAAGAUGAAUGGCGCAAAGUACAGAGAGAUCCUUGAUGAAAACCUGCUCCAAAGCAAUCAGGACCUCAGACUGGAGCAAAGGUUCCCCUUCCAACAGGACAACGACCCUAAGCACAGCCAAGACAACGCAGGAGUGGCUUCGGGACAAGUCUCUGAAUGUCCUUGAGUGGCCCAGCCAGAGCCCGGACUUGAACUCGAUCGAACAUCUCUGGAGAGACCUGAAAAUAGCUGUGCAGCAACGCUCCCCAUCCAACCUAACAGAGCUUGAGAGGAUCAGCAGAGAAGAAUGGGAGAAACUCCCCAAAUACAGGUGUGCCAAGCUUGUAGCCUCAUACCCAAGAAGACUCGAGGCUGUAAUCGCUGCCAAAGGUACUUCAACAAAGUACUGAGUCAAGGGUCUGAAUACUUAUGUAAAUAUGAUAUUUCCGUUUUUUAUUUUUAAACCUGUUUUUGCUUUGUCAUUAUGGGGUAUUGUGUGUAGAUUGAUGAGCGGAAAAAAAACAAUUUAAUCAAUUUUAGAAUAAGGCUUUAACCUAACAAAAUUUGAAAAAUGGAUACUUUUCCGAAGGCACUGUAUACAGUUUAUUACAUAUUUUGUAGUGUAUACCUUCUCUGUUUUCAGUCCACUGAGCUCUGAUGAAGUAAUUUGUUACCGUAUAUACAUGUAUUUGAAUAGGCUAUUAGGUUUGUCUUGAAACCAUCUGAUACUAACUUUACAGAGCUAUCAUUCUGAGAAGUGAUUUGUCUUUUGAUGAACUGCAAAUGCACUGAUGUUGUACUCAUACUCUUAAGAUGGUAGUGAACUGCACAAGACCUUUCCCCUCUAGUCUGUCAGGCUGUCCACGGGCGAAGAAGAGCGGGAUCAAGAUACUGCACAGCAAGGAGGACAAGGACGACCAGGAGCCAAUUAGGUGAGGGUUGGAACGGAUAGUAGUAUAUUAUCUUGGUAAAUUUGUCAACAUACAGAUGUAGGAUCUUAAUUGGAGCCAGUUUGCUACAGCAGGAAAAUAAUCCUGCAGCAAUAGGAAAUGUGAAUUAUUAUGUAGAUUAUAAUUAAUGGAAUUUCUUUGUGGGGGUAAAUACAUUUUUCACAAGGGCAAAUCAAGUCUGACAUUUCAAAGUGAAAAGUACAAACUUUAUAAGCCUUUUUAAACGUUGAAUACACUACAAGUUUGCCUUUCCUGCUGUGCAGGAAGAUUCUCAGCAACAAAAGAGUUAUCAAAUUAAGAUCCUACAUCUGUAUUCUCUUGAAGUCAGUCAUGCAUUUCACCUCAUAUUCUCUACAGCCAGUGUAGUACACCUAGUGGGUACACUACAGUAAAGGUUACCUUUCCACCACUUAAGUAAUGCCAUAAUGUUAAGCACAUAUGACCUUGCCGUGAAUCAUCUAAAGUUCACUGUGUGUCCUUUCACCAAUCACCUCCCAAUCGCUGCACAGCUGUUGCUGCCACCUCUAUCCCUGCGAGGUUCACUGGAUCUACCAUCAUCAUUAACAUUGUAAUCAUAAUUAACACUGACCUCCCCACUCCCGGGGUGGAGCAGCCCGCAGACACGCUGUGCUAAUUCUAAUCAGCCCAAAUGUCACUCUGAAGGACAAUGUAGAACCAUGGGUAAAUGUCUAUAAACCGGAGAUGGUUUUCAUUACAGUAGCUAAUCUUUUUCUAGUAGUCUUUUUAGUGUGUGGAUGACAUUUACCAGGGACAGCUGUGCUGCAGGUGAGGAGAGCGAUGUCGUGACCUGACUGACCUUUGUGACCCCUUCUCUCCUCAGGUGUCCAGUCCCAGGCUGUGAUGGACAGGGUCACGUGACGGGGAAGUACGCAUCUCACCGCAGCGCGUCGGGCUGCCCCCUGGCGGCCAAGCGGCAGAAGGAUGGCUACGUCAACGGCUCCCAGUUUGCAUGGAAGUCCGGGAAGACAGACGGCAUGUCGUGCCCGACCCCGGGUUGUGAUGGAUCAGGACAUGUCAGCGGGAGCUUCCUGACCCAUCGGAGGUGGGUGGGGCUCUGCACGGUUCUGGUGUAAACGAGCAACUGUGUACAAAUGUAACUAAGUACCAGAUCAAGAAUGUAAAUUAUGCAGCAGGGUUGGAGUCAUAUGAUUUUAUUCACCAGAGCCUUUCUUCCUCAGUCUCUCCGGUUGCCCCCGUGCCACCUCAGCCAUGAAGAAAGCCAGAAUGACUGGGGUAGAAAUGUUGACAAUCAAGCAACGGGCAAGCAAAGGUAAUUGCCAGGCACAAAUACCAGUCAGAAUGCCCCUUGACUAACCACUUGCUGGUUUUAUCAAAACAUAUUCAAGCUGAAUCAAAAGUGCAUUUUAUUGUUUCCCCUUCUCUAGGAAUAGAAAAUGAUGAGGACAUCAAACAGCUGGAUACAGAAAUCAAAGAUCUAAACGAAUCGAACAAUCAAGUGGAAUCAGACAUGAUUAAACUUAGGACACAAGUAAGAUUCAUUCAUUACUUAUUCAAGAUUAAUUAAUUAAUUAUUAUAGGGCAGUUAGUCUUGCUGAGUUUGGGCAAAUAUUGAAACAGGUUGCUGGAUUAAAGCUUACAUCAAAUGCAUAUAACUUGAUUUUGAUGUUUCAUUCCCCAAGAAACUGUGAUAUGACUAGCGCAGUACAUUUUUCAGUCACUCUGGUUCAUCAACUUCAAUGCACGUCUUUCUCUCCUUUCCCAGAUCACCACUAUGGAGACUAACCUGAAGUCCAUAGAGGAGGAGAACAAAGUGAUUGAGCAGCAGAAUGACUCGCUACUGCACGAGCUAGCCAACCUCAGCCACUCUCUCAUCAACAGUUUAGCUAAUAUCCAGCUCCCACAUAUGGUAAGUACCAUCACAACUUAGCCUCCAACAGUUACUGUCGGACAAGCACUGUAUCAAGUCGAACGAAGAUGCCAUAGGAAUCAAGAACGGUUUAUGGGGAAAUAGGACGUGGGGUUAGGUAAUAAGGCUAUGUUGUCGAAGAUACUAGAUGGCACACUUGAAAGCAUGCCACUUUGAUGUUCCAUGAUUGCAAGUGUUGAAACCCAGGGCCAUUUGAAGUAUAUGAGUCAAUGUAACAUGAGUGAAAACAAAACGUGGUCAUAUCAUGGUAGUGGCUUAUUCCACUGUAUUCUGCCAAAUUGGAUAUGUUUAUUUCCAUAGUGAUUGUUUGUUGAUGCCAUUUAAACAGAACACGUAAAAAAGUAUUAUAAAAUACAUCUCUUACCCUGUUAUGUGCUUGAAAAAUCAUUGCAACAUAAGGUCUAACUGCAAUAACAUAAUUGGGUUUUUUCAUCUGCUGCUUUCUGUUUGUCCCUUGUUUUCUCAGCUGUUCAUAUGCUUCUGUGCUACAACACUUCCCUUACAGACUAAUAAUCUAAUCUAACCCCCCCCCCCCCCCACACACACACACACACACACACACACACACACACACUCCCCACUGCUUGGUUUCAGUUGAGAAAUAAACAGGGCUGAUAGGAUAUUGCUUGAUCUAAAAGGCACCAACGUUUCUUAGUCAUAAAUGAAAUCUGAAUCUGGCUCCCUGUUCUCCACCCAUUAAUGUGAGGGGAUCACAUUUUAGGAGGGUUAUAAAGCAUUUUUCUAGCCUGGAACCAUAUCUGUUUGUGCUAUACCCAACUGCUAUACAGCGGCUUGCGAAAGUAUUCACCCCCCUUGGCAUUUUUCCUAUUUUGUUGCCUUACAACCUGGAAUUAAAUUUGAUUUUGGGGGGGAUUUGUAUCAUUUGAUGCCUACCACACACAUCACAAAAUGCCUACCACUUUGAAGAUGCAAAAUAUAUUUUAUUGUGAAACAAACAAGAAAUAAGAAAACUUGAGCGUGCAUAACUAUUCACCCCCCGAAAGUCAAUACUUUGUAGAGUCACCUUUUGCAGCAAUUACAGCUGCAAGUCUCUUGGGGUAUGUCUCUAUAAGCUUGGCACAUCUGGCCACUGGGAUUUUUGCCAAUUCUUCAAGGCAAAACUGCCCCAGCUCCUUCAAGUUGGAUGGGUUCCGCUGGUGUACAGCAAUCUUGAAGUCAUACCACAGAUUCUCAAUUGGAUUGAGGUCUGGGCUUUGACUAGGCCAUUCCAAGACAUUUAAAUGUUUCCCCUUAAACCACUCGAGUGUUGCUUUAGCAGUAUGCUUAGGGUCAUUGUCCUGCUGGAAGGGGAACUUCCAUCCCGGUCUCAAAUCUCUGGAAGACUGAAACAGGUUUCCCUCAAUAAUGUCCCUGUAUUUAGCGCCAUCCAUCAUUCCUUCAAUUCUGACCAGUUUCCCAGUCCCUGCCAAUGGCUUUUAUCUGGCCACUCUUCCGUAAAGCCCAGCUCUGUGGAGUGUACGGCUUAAAGUGGUCCUAUGGACAGAUAUUCCAAUCUCCGCUGUGGAGCUUUGCAGCUCCUUCAGGGUUAUCUUUGGUCUCUUUGUUGCCUCUUUGAUUAAUGCCCUCCUUGUCUGGUCCAUGAGUUUUAGUGGGCAGCCCUCUCUUGGCAGGUUUGUUGUGGUGCCAUAUUCUUUCCAUUUUUAAAUAAUGGAUUUAAUGGUGCUCUGUGGGAUGUUCAAAGUUUCUGAUAUUUUUUUAGAACCCAACCCUGAUCUGUACUUCUCCACAACUUUGUCCCUGACCUGUUUGGAGAGCUCCUUGGUCUUCAUGGUGCCGCUUGCUUGGUGGUGCCCCUUGUUUAGUGGUGUUGCAGAUUCUGGGGCCUUUCAGAACAGGUGUAUAUAUACUGAGAUCAUGUGACAGAUCAUGUGACACUUAGAUUGCACACAGGUGGACUUUAUUUAACUAAUUUUGUGACUUCUGAAGGUAAUUGGUUGCACCAGAUCUUAUUUAGGUGCUUCAUAGCAAAGUGGUUGAAUACAUAUGCACCACUUUUCCAUAUGCACCACUUUUCCGUUAUUAUUUUUGUAGAAUAUUUUUUAACAAGUUAUUUUUUUCAUUUCACUUCACCAAUUUGGACUAUUUUGUGUAUGUCCAUUACAUGAAAUCGAAAUGAAAAUCCAUUUAAAUUACAGGUUGUAAUGCAACAAAAUAGGAAAAACGCCAAGGGGGAUGUUAUGCCAAACGUCAUGACAAUAACUAUUAGCAAGACAGCACAAAAAUAUCUGCGACCAGGCUAGAAUUUUGCUCCCUUUUGUACAGCAGGCUAAUAGAAUUCUAUCUAUCUCUAUUCUCUUUACACCUCUUCCUGUAGAAACCGAUGCCACAGAAAGAGGCCCCAGUUAAACAUAGCUGCUGUUUACAGAUGCCCCACAGAGUAAGAUAUUCCUUUUCAUAGUCUAAUUAUUAUCCUUUUCUUCUGCACUAUCAUCUCCUCCCUUAAGUCUUCCUCCUAUACUGGUGAACACUCUCUGUGGUGUUUAUGCAUCACAAUUGUCCAUAAAUGUUGCUGCGUUAUACUACGAUUCAAUGGUUUGGUCAUAUUUAGAGACGUUUUGUGGCUUCUUAGAAGAAUUUCAAAGAGCCCCAUGAUAUAUUGCUGACAAGGAAGUGGUUAUGAUGGAGUAACACUACGAGCCAUUUUUACACAGUUAUAUCACAAUUACAGUCAAUGAAGCAAGUAUGUUCAGUCUGCUAUUGCAUAUUCAGUGUCUCUCUGUUUGUCUGUCUGUUCAUGCUACUGUUACAGUGUGUGUACCUGUCUGAGAAAUGGCUCCCACAACUCCCACAUCUCACUAGCUGCACACAUUACAUUAGUUUAUUUAUGUGAUGUCAGUCAUCGUUUUGUCUCCAUAAGAUAAGCAUCAACAAUCAUGCCUGCUAUGAGUUGCUAAAAUCAAUCUACACUGACUUUGCAUGGUUUGGAGUUGCAGUAGAUCAACUGUACUAUACAUAGGACUAUGUAAAUGGUUACAUUUUAUGAAAUCGAUGAAGUAUUGUAAAUACACACUUAGUACAGCCCCAGUGACCAUACUGUCCUUACAAUGUUUGCAGCUGUCAGUGUCCUUCCCUGAACAAUUUGUAUUUCCCUCCUUUCCCUUGUCUUUGAAAGAAACUGAAUUGAUCAUCAAUAUGAAAUCAUACUGAAUCUGAUUGCAUCUGUACCAUUGUCCUUAUUGGUGUCUUUUUCCCUCACAGGAGCCAAUGAAUGAACAAAACUUUGAUAGUUAUGUGAAUACUUUGACAGACAUGUACACCCAUCAGGACCAAUACCAGAGUCCAGAGAACAAGGCCCUAUUGGAGAACAUCAAACAAGCGGUGCAAGGCAUCCAAGUG